GAAAACGGGUCACAGACCUCCACGACUUGCCUUGGCUAUUGGCUCGCAACAGAGAGAAGGCGCUCAGAGAUCUGAGCAAUUCCCUCAGAAGCCGAGUCGACCCAGUGAAUGAGUUUGACUCAGCACUAUCAUUGAAGCCGAGUGGAGAAGCUCACUACCAUCCACUCACCGGCCGGCAGCGGCGACGACAACGAUGGCGACGAUGCUAGGGCAAUCCGAUCCGGCGAAUUCGCCACUUGGCCUAAUGCUAUUGGACGAGAUCACUCCGGUGGUGAUGGUUCUCCGCACUCCUCUUGUCGAAGAAGCUUGCCUCAAGAACGGCCUCAACCUCGUCGAAUUGCUUACUCCUUUCUCUACCUUUAACAAUAUCGACGUUCCAGUACGGACGGCGAGCGAUCAACCUUAUAGGCUUCAGAAAUUCAAAUUACGAUUGUUUUAUGCAUCGGAUAUCCGACAGCCGAAUCUGGAGGUUGCAAAAGAGCAGCUGAAAGAGGUUAUUACCCAUGCUGGGGAGAAAGACUUUUCUGACUUGUGUUCAGACCCACCUCAAAUUGAAGAUGUCCUAUCUACCCCUGAAUCUGAAAUUCUGCCAUCAUGGUUUCAAUUUUUCAAUAAAGAGCUCGUACGUUCCCUGUCAUUUUCAGAUCAUGAAGCUUUUGACCAUCCUGUGGCAUGCCUUUUGGUUGUUUCAACGAAGGAUGAACGGCCACUUAACAGAUUUGUUGACCUUUUCAACACUAAUCAACUGCCCUUUCUGCUUAAUGAUGGUGUGAUGGACCCAAAGAUUUUGAAGCAUUAUUUAUUAGUGCAUGAUAACCAAGAUGGCUCCUCAGAGAAGGCAGAAAAAAUUUUAACAGAAAUGAGGAGUACUUUUGGCUCUAAUGAUUGUCAAUUACUGUGCAUUAACUCUUCUCAAGAUGGAUUAGUAGAACAUGAAGAUAACCCAUGGGCUCCUUAUAAAACUGAUGCUUCACUUAGUCAGCCUCUUGGCUGUUUUCUCAACAUUGAUGAUUUUAAUGAGAUAAAAGAUCUCAUGCAAGAUUUUUCUUCUAAACAUAUCAUUCCUCACAUGGAGCAAAAAAUACGCGUGCUCAAUCAGCAGGUUUCUGUAACACGGAAAGGUUUUAGAAACCAAAUUAAAAAUUUGUGGUGGAGAAAAGGGAAAGAAGAUACACCAGAUGCUUCCAAUGGCCCUAUGUAUACCUUUAGCUCCAUUGAAUCUCAAAUUAGAGUUUUGGGUGAUUAUGCCUUUAUGUUACGGGAUUAUGAACUUGCAUUGUCAAACUAUCGACUGCUUUCCACUGAUUACAAGCUUGACAAAGCCUGGAAGCGCUGUGCUGGUGUACAGGAAAUGAUGGGGCUUACAUACUUCUUGUUGGAUCAAUCAAGAAAGGAGGCAGAAUAUUGCAUGGAAAAUGCAUUUAAUACUUACUUGAAAAUUGGGUCAUCAGGUCAGCAAAAUGCAACACGUUGUGGUCUUUGGUGGAUAGAAAUGUUGAAAACAAGGGAUCAGUAUAAAGAGGCUGCCAGUGUUUACUUCCGUAUAUCCGGUGAGGAACCUUUACAUUCUGCUGUAAUGCUUGAGCAAGCAUCUUAUUGCUACUUGUUUUCUAAACCACCCAUGUUACACAAGUAUGGAUUUCACCUUGUUCUUUCUGGCGAUCAUUAUAAAAAAUGUGAUCAGAUAAAGCAUGCAAUUCGGACAUAUAGAAGGGCUCUUUCUGUGUACAAAGGAACUAUGUGGAGCUAUAUCAAAGAUCAUGUUCAUUUCCAUAUUGGAAAGUGGUAUGCUUUUCUUGGGAUGUUUGAUGUGGCAGUCCCACAUAUGUUGGAAGUUCUGACAUGUGGUCAUCAGUCUAAGACAACACAGGACUUAUUCUUAAGGGAAUUCCUUCAAAUUGUUCAGAACACAGGGAAAAAAUUUGAGGUAUUGAAACUUCAGUUGCCUGCUAUCAACAUUCCAUCAGUCAAAGUUAUUUUUGAAGAUAAUCGAACUUAUGCAUCUCCUGCAGCUGCUAGUGUUAGAGAAAGUAUGUGGCAGUCUUUGGAGGAGGACAUGAUUCCAUCUUUGCCUACCAUCAGGACUAAUUGGUUGGAGUCACUACCUAAGAAUAUUUCAAAAAAACAUAAACAAUCAAACAUUUGUGUGACAGGAGAAGCUAUAAAGGUGGAUGUCGAAUUCAAAAAUCCUCUUCAAAUCACAAUUUCCAUCUCCAGUGUUUCCUUAAUAUGUGAGCUUUCAGCUAGUUCUGAGGAAAUGGACUGUGAUGCUAAUAGCUCAACCUCUGAGCUUCAGAAUGAUGAGGAAUCUGGAAAAUUAACCAUUAGUAGGGAGCAGACCUCUAAUAGUUCAUUUACAUUGUCCGAGGCUGAUUUUUCACUUGGAGGAGGUGAAAGAAUUAUGGUACAACUUACAGUCACUCCCAGAAUAGAAGGCAUCCUAAAAGUAGUUGGUGUGAGGUGGAACUUGUCAGACUCUGUGGUUGGUUUUCAUAACUUUGAGUCUAAUCUUGUAAAGAAGAAAAUUGCGAAGGGAAGAAGGAAAGCCAAGCAUUCUCCUAGUGAUAAUCUGAAGUUUUUAGUGAUCAAGAGUCUUCCCAAGCUUGAGGGCUCUAUUCAUCACUUACCCGAAAAAGUAUAUGCGGGAGACCUGCGGCGUCUUGUUUUGGAGUUGAGGAACCAGUCAGAAUAUCCUGUGAAGAAUAUGAAGAUGAAGAUCAGCAGUCCUAGAUUUCUAAAUGUUGGGAGCUGGGAAAUUUUGAACACAGAAUUCCCUGCUUGCUUAGAAAAGAAGACAGAUCCUGAACAAAGAGUACAGGCUAACCAUAACAAAGAGUCUCAUACCGUGUUUCUGUUUCCAGAGGACACAUUAAUUCAAGGGGGAACACCAUUCCUGUGGCCCCUUUGGCUUCGGGCUGCUGUUCCUGGAAACAUUCCCUUGUAUAUAACAAUAUACUAUGAGAUGGGAGACAUAUCUAACAUCAUGAGACACCGGACUCUACGUAUGUAUCAUAACUUACAGGUGUUAUCAUCAUUGGAUUUGUCGUUCCAAAUCAGCCCUUGUCCAUCAAGAUUGAAAGAGUUCCUUGUGCGCAUGGAUGCUGUCAACAAGACCAGUUCAGAGAUUUUCCAGAUUCAUCAGUUAUCAUCUGUUGGGCAUCAGUGGAAGAUCUCAUUGCUUCAACCUGUUGAGACCAUGCUUCCUUCAGAGUUGAUGCCUGGCCAAGCUUUGUCACGUUUCUUCAAGCUUGAGAAUGUCAGGAAAUUGACAACUCCUGAAGACAAGGUGUCUUUGCUUGCUCCUCAAGAGGGAAGUGAUGUAAAAUUGGGCAGUGAGGCUAGCAAUGAAAUUCUGUUUGACAUAUGUAGCUCACCUCUGGCUGAUUUCCACAUUUGCGAAAGAAUCCACCAGGAAGGAUCACAUCAGGAACAUCCAAAUUCUGUCGACUUCAUCUUGAUCUCUCAGCCAUCAAAUGAUAGUAUCAAUACCGGGUUACCCAAUCCUCCUCCACAUCUCUUUUCUCAUCAUGUAUGUCAUUGCAGGAUUGAGAGCACAAGCCCGAUAUGGUGGUUAAUGGAAGGGCCUCGGACCAUACAUCAUAACUUUUCUGCUUCUUUCUGUGAAGUGAAACUAAAGAUGACUCUCUACAACUCAUCAGAUUUGUCAGCAUCAAUUUUCAUUCAUACUCUUGAUUCUAUCCCCAGCACCAGUCAAUUAAGUGAGGUAAUGGCAGGUUCUCCUGGAAACCAAGCAGGGUGGUAUGAUACAUCUCUGUUGAAUGAUAUUAAGGUCACAUCCGACGUACUUGGAAUGAAAGUUGGAAAGCCACCAUCACUGGAUAGUGUCUCCCAAUUCAUUUGGUCUGGGUCUUGCUCUACUAAAGUUGAAGUUGAGCCAAUGUCCACAGCUGUAGUACCUCUCCAGAUAUGUGUAUUCUCCCCAGGUACAUAUGAUCUAUCAAAUUAUGCUUUGCAUUGGAAUCUCCUGUCAUCCAAGGAUGAAGGAAGUCAUGGGAAAUGCCCAGGGAGCCCCUAUUAUCUCACUGUGCUGCAAUCUGCCUGAGAAUCUCUAUCUAGAAUAUAUAUAUUUGAUACCUUCCUACAAAUUUUUAGACACGUGACCUUGGGCUAGAAAAGGGAUGAAGAAAAAGGGCACAGGAUCUUGGAUGUAGUCAUUUUUGUACCUUUUUGCUUGUAAAUUAUUGUGUUUCAAUGUUUUGUUUUUUAUUUUUUAUUUUUUUGGUAACAGUAGGGAAUGGUGACAAAGUUUAGUUAAGACAGAAACCGAGAUUGAAUUCCUCUUUGUUCUUAGAAAAAUAAAAGCAAAGAAAAUGUCAUAAAUUCAUUA